UCGUACCGUGCGGUUGUUCAUUCGGUUUUGUACGUGCCUUCUGCUAGCAUUAAUUUGCACUGUACGUACCACUAAACUGCACUGUUUUCUUUCGUGUACGCUAUUACCAGUCAGUUAUUAAUAUUAUUGGUGUUUCGAAACUAUAAUUCUUGCUUUUCGUAAACGUUUCGAUCAAUCAAAGUGAAAAUUUUCAAUCUAUUGAAUUUUUUACACAAGAAAUUUUUGAACUUUUGUACCGAGGAGCAGAAAGAAGAAGGAGUUCUACACCUUGUGAAAUGCAAUUUCGAUCGGAUUUCUCUGGGUGAUAAUGUAUGCGUGGAAUCGUUCACUUUGAUGUGUUCAGCUUUACUGUCAAAAAAGUUGUCAAAGUUUUUCAUCUGAUGAUGCUUUGCUAACGUUUUUAAAAGCAGUAUUUUGUGAUCAAUUAUAAAAAGAUAUAUAAGAAAGAGUUCUGCAUUGAUCGAUCUUUAUAAUACAAUAUUACUUCCGCGGUAUCGAAAUAAUCUUAACCAUAUUUUGGUGCAAAUGUGUGAGUGUCAUUCAAACGAAAUGAAAUAAAGAAAAACGGUGCACUUCACGCUAGUAUUGGUGUAAUUCUCAUGUCUGACAGCCAACCAAAAGUGAGGCAUAUUUCAAAAGUCAUCGGCAGAAGAGCCUAAUUUUUUCUAAAUUUCCAUCGCAGUUGUUUCCAUUGUUAGGAAUAUCUUAUCGUAGUUCAAGUGUCAGGUGAAUUAUCGGCCGUCACUUAGUGCAUGUCCUUAGUGUCGAUUGAAAAACGUGAAUAGGCUGUCUCGAGACGAAAGUCACAAUAAGCCAGCAAAAUAGACGACAACAGCAGCAGUUGUAGCAGCAGCACAGAGAUGAUGAAAAUGGAGACCGAUAAAAUAAUGGACGAGUCUAACAACAGCAGCCCACAGUUCACUACAUCCAUACUGUAUGACCCGGCGCGGAAGAAAGAACCGUCUCAGUCCUUCCAGACUGAACGGGAUGCUUGUCUUUCCUACUUCACCAAGUGGAAUGAAGCCGACCAAGUGGAUUUUGUAGAACAGCUCCUGUCCCGCAUGUGCCAUUACCAACACGGACACAUCAAUGCCUACCUGAAACCAAUGCUGCAGCGGGAUUUCAUCACUUUAUUACCGACAAAAGGAUUGGACCAUGUGGCGGAAAAUAUCUUAUCCUACCUGGAUGCCAAAUCGCUAUGCCGGGCGGAGCGCGUUUGCAAAGAAUGGUCCCGCGUCAUUUCCGAGGGCAUGCUCUGGAAAAAACUGAUAGAGCGAAACGUUCGUACAGAUUCUCUCUGGCGGGGGCUGGCCGAACGAAAAGGAUGGAUAAAGUAUCUUUUCAUACCCCGACCGGGCGUUACACACAGACCGCACAAAUUCUACCGCGAACUAUUUCCGAAGAUUAUGAAAGAUAUAGAGGCAAUCGAAAAUAAUUGGCGCACUGGAAAUCACAAUCUGCAGAGGAUAAACUGUCGAUCGGAAAACUCGAAAGGCGUUUAUUGCCUCCAGUACGACGAUGACAAAAUCGUGUCUGGUCUGAGGGACAACACUAUUAAGAUUUGGGACCGAAAUUCCCUGCAGUGCUGCAAGAUUCUAACUGGUCACACUGGCUCGGUGCUCUGUCUGCAGUAUGACGACAAGGUAAUCAUUAGUGGUUCCAGCGAUUCCACGGUUCGAGUUUGGGAUGUCAACACUGGUGACAUGGCGAACACCCUGAUACAUCACUGUGAAGCGGUGCUGCAUUUACGCUUCAAUAAUGGCAUGAUGGUGACCUGUUCGAAGGAUCGCUCUAUUGCCGUAUGGGACAUGACAUCACCGACGGAGAUUGCUUUACGGCGGGUGCUGGUCGGCCACCGGGCGGCAGUUAACGUUGUAGACUUCGAUGAGAAAUAUAUAGUUUCAGCAUCCGGGGACCGCACGAUCAAGGUGUGGAACACCUCAACGUGUGAAUUCGUCCGAACGUUGAAUGGCCACAAACGUGGCAUUGCCUGUUUGCAGUAUCGCGACCGUUUGGUCGUCAGCGGAAGCUCAGACAAUUCUAUAAGACUUUGGGAUAUUGAAUGCGGUACCUGUUUGCGGAUUCUUGAGGGACAUGAAGAACUCGUCCGCUGCAUCCGAUUUGACUCGAAGCGCAUCGUAAGCGGUGCUUACGAUGGCAAGAUCAAGGUGUGGGAUCUCCAAGCUGCCUUAGACAUUCGAGCGCAGACCAACACACUGUGCUUAAAGACUUUAAUGGAACAUACGGGCCGCGUAUUCCGGCUGCAGUUCGAUGAGUUCCAAAUAGUGAGUAGCUCCCAUGACGACACCAUUCUGAUAUGGGAUUUCCUGAACUGCUCACAGAAGGACGAGUCGACAACAACGCAAGCUUUGGGCCAGGUGGGCCGAAGUCCAUCACCCGAAAUCACGUAAGGAUUUUCCGCGGGAGCAUAUGCUUGUGUAACUGCGAUCAUUAUAAAUGAUAUUGAAACCAGUCAAGCAUGUCGCGUUUGACAAACAAUAGCAAGAUCUUUGAGAGCAGGCAGCACAUAUUAACAUUCUUUAGACGAGUUGCUGAACGUGUCACGCAUACUAUGUGCUUGUGGGGGUGCGUGAGGCAAAGCGUGUGUGUAGGGUGAACAGAGUUAGGAUUGUAUUUGUAAUAAUAUGUUUAGAUAUAAACAUUCGUGAAAUUCAGUUAUUCAAUGAAAAUUUCUCAUGGCAGCAGAUUAAUUAGUAAGAACGACGCAUAAACAGCGCCAGAACAAAACUGCUGAGCUAUAAUAUGAUGAACGAAAAAUAUUGCGAAAAUUUGCAUGCUUGGGUUCUAUGCUUGUUUAUUACUUUACUGCACUGUUAAUGUUGGCUGUAGCAGCAACAGGAAAAUAAACAAACCAAAACCGGCAAUUUUUUGAUCAGUACGUAUACUUUUAAAAACAUGAUGUAGUGAAAUGUAACAGAUUUAAAACACAUAUGUAAAUGGGUGUAACUGUAGCUCUUUUGUUCUUACUUCUGCUACCAUAACACGCACUGAAAAAAUUAAAAACUGCAGGUUAUUUUUUUAAUUUUAAUUUUUUUAAUCUUAUUUAAAAAUUUUCUGAAAUUUUGUUCAGUGGUCUCCUUACUUUCGUUUAAAUUCGACCGGCCCAAGUUCAAUUUCACUUUCAGUUAUCGUGUUUCAUUUCUAGCGUUUCCAGAGUCAGGCGCUUGUCAAGAGUUUUUCGAUUGGCUAAGUUAACCACGAAAUGUUUUUUGAUUGAAAACCUGAUACCACUCGUGCCAAUCCCGGUUUUCUAGUGGAUCGAUUUUUUUUGUUUGUCGCUUUUGAAGUUUUGUUCGUAAAUACCUAUUGCUAUUUAGAUAAACCUUAGCCUUAGUUGUGCAGUUAAACUGGAAAGAGAUGCGCGUGUGCAUGUUGUGUUGUCAGACCAUCGUGUGUGAGAAGGAACGAAACAGCGGCCUGCCAGGUUAGAUAAAUUUUAAACCUUUUUAAGUAAUAGCUAUUUGAUUGUGAGUAGAUACUGUAUGUGGGGCUAAUGUCCCGGAAGAAGCGCUGUUGUUUAUUAGUAAUACCAAUAUAAUUUAUGGAAGCUCUAAAGCGACUAGAAGUAAUGAUUGAUUCGCUAAUAGUAUAGUAAUGAUAAAAAUAAAGACCGUCGACCCGUGUAGAAUUUGCCCUUUCAAAAACACCUUCAAACAAAGUACAGUGGAAAAGAAAAAAAACAAUAACAGAACAGUUGUUAUCUAUUAAUCGUUUCACGUUUCGGAUUACGGUAAACCAUGAGCAAAAUUUAAGAAGAUGUAUCAUAAAUCAUGAAAUUUAUUCUCAGAACUAGAUAACGUUAUAUUUGAAAGCAUUCGAAUCUGUAGACAAGCGAACGCAACUUGUGCACAUCAACGAAUAUUGGUCCGCUUAGCUAUAGGGAGCACCGGCUUCGGAAAGAUCUGAAUUCAAGGGAAUCUAAUGCGUAGAUAAAACGAUGCAAAUAAGCUGAGAAAAGGGUGUGCUGAAAGGACGCAAGGAUUAGAAAUUCUACUUGUUGGGGAAAUGCAGACAGGAAAAAAAUAUAUUCAUC